UCCGGAUCGUCGGCAUUCGAGUGCUUCUGGAUUACAGCAGGAUCGUGGUUUGUAUUGUUGGUGUUCUGUUGAAAACUACAGACUACCAGCUGCUCUGAAAAACAGAACUCGGCGGCGACGUCUUCGGUUCACGGUGUUUGUGCCUGAACCUCGGCUGAGUUUCCGGCUUCUCCACAUUAUCGCAACACGCAUCUUCUCCACACACCUCCUCCACUUUCUUCUCUCUCUACACCAACUCCUCUUCUCUGAAUCUACCUCACCUACAUCCAACAAUGGUGCUUUCACUCCCCGCCGAGUUCCAGAUCUACGACGACCCCGCAAAGGGCAGCAUCACAGUAUCCAAAGCCGACUCUGGCCAAUACUACCUCCUCACCUUCGGCGCUCCUCCAGAUAACCGGCUGACCCCCGAGAUAUGUCUGGCGUUCCUGUACGUGCUGGAUGUAAUUGAGGACCAACUCCUUCCCGAGCAAAAGCUGCCGCUCGUGACGACUUCCAAAAUCGCAAAGUUCUACUCCAACGGCCUUGAUCUCGAGCGCGCAAUGACAACCCCCGGAUUUUGGGACGAGCGGAUAAACCCGUUGUUCAAAAGGCUUUUGGAGUACCCGACUCCUUUGGUUGCAAUGAUUAACGGGCAUGCGUUUGCUGGUGGAUUCAUGUUUGCCUUGUGCCAUGACUACAGAAUCAUGAACCCCGACAAGGGAUUCCUUUGCGCCAAUGAACUUGAAUUCGGAUCUCCCCUGCCUCCUCCAAUGAGCGCAAUCUUCCGCGAAAAAACCGCAGUCACGACCUACCAGAAAAUCGCAAUCGAAGCCACGCGCUUCAACGCCGACAUGGCCCUCGAGCACAAUCUCAUCCACGCAAAGGGCCACCUCUCCGACGUCGACGCGUUCAUCAAAGCCAACAAGCUCACAAAAUUUGCACAGUCUCCUUCCUACGGCCUGCUCAAGGCUCAGAUGUGGAGAGAUAUCGUAAAGUACUGCGAUGAACCUCACGAGCAGGGACAGCAGGCGAUUCGGGAUAAUAUCAGUGUUGAGGAAAAGAGGAAAAAGGUUCGGGCGGAUGAGUACAAGAAAGCAAAGCUCUAGAUCCGCUGGUCGUUUCUUUGAUGUGAUUGAAUAAUAUA